AAAGUCUUUGAGUUCAGCUCAAGAUGAAUGGGGGCCUUUAUAAUUUUAUUCAGUGUAGUUUGUGAAUUAUUUUUGUUUGUAGGUGCUGUUGUUGUAGUGGAUAGUAUUGUUGUAACUUUUGUAUACUUGGACAUUAUUUGAUCUCAUUACUAUUUAUACAUUUAUAUUUAUGUUCAUGUGAACUGAAAGCACCGAUUUAUACCAAGGCAAAUUACUCGUGUAAAAAUCUACCUUGCAAUAAACCUGAUUCAGAUUCUGGAUGUGUUUUUUGCGGAUGUAGUUUGUAGGCGCUCUUGUUGUUGUGUGGAUGUGGUAGAUGUAGCGCCUGUUGUAUGGAGGCACUGCAGAGUUUUUCAGGCUGUGUUCAGGCUGUUGAAGGUCGGAGCGUCUCUGCUCCGAAGUGUCAGAUUACAGUCAGACGGUCCAAGGACACUGCAGCUGACACUGUCUGCAGCAUCUUAUUAAAGCUGCCAAACAGAGAACUGAGCUUGGAUAUCUGGAACACCAGAAAUACUAAACUAAUCCUAAUGGGAAAAUGCUGCUUUACAUAAAACACAAAAUAUUGACAAAUUUCUGGUUGAUUGUUUAAAUUUCUACAAAAAAGAAAUGUUUCAGUGACUCUGCUGUCAGAUGAAUGUAGUGGAGGUGAAUACUGAAGUACCUGGAGUUCACCUAAAUGAGUAAAUGUCCCUUACCCUCUGUGUGGGAAAUGGUUUUAUUAUUUAGGGUCUGAGCACGAAACAUGCGAGGUCCCUAUUGAAACUGAAGGUGGUUUUUUGUCCUUUUUUUUCUGCCUAAACACACUUGAAAACGCACCAAACUUUGCACAUAAUUCAGGCACGGUAAAAAAUUUCGUAUUUUAUGGAUUUUGCACAUGGGCGUGACAAAUUGGCUUGCUAGCGCUCCCCAACGGAGCAGCCCCCGGACAAAGUUUGACCUACAUGUAUGAAAUUUCUCUGAUACGUGUAUCAUGUCCACUUGUACAAAAAAGCCUCUUGGAGUGAUGCCCAACACCGAACAGAAAGUCGGGCAUUUUGGAUUUAAUGGUCAUUUUUGGCGAUUUACACACUUUGGAUCAACUUUUGCUGUGCAGUCUAAACCCCUUGAUGAUUAAAAGUUGUUGUACAAACGGUUAUUUUAUUAUUAGUCGGCCAAUUUGCCCGUAACGUGCUGUCAAAAAUCGCUGAUUCACCAUGAAACAGGAAGUUGAUACAACUUCAGUCUACAUGCUCACGUGUGCACCAGAUUUUAUAUAUAUAUGAGUCCCGCCCUGAAAACAUCUAUAUGCUAAUAUUCACUCAAAGUCAUAGUGCCAACUGCUGGCAACAGGAAAUAACAUGUUUUACGUUAUAAUGUACUACUCUGAGCAGGUUGGACCCUUAACACAUUGAUGAAGCUAUGUUGUAACUUAACUUAACUUGUGAGUUUGCAGUUAACAGCUUGGCGGUGGCAUGGCGGCAAAGUUAAACUCUUCGUCAUGACACAGGAAGUUGUUGUAACUUGACUACAUGCUCAGUACUCUGUACUUUAACAAACUCCUCCUAGAGAAUUGACCAGAUUUUCGCUGUCGAGACUAAUCUCACUGACGAUUAAGAGUUUUCGUGAAACGGCAUGCCGUAGCAUCCAAAAUUGAUGAUUCGCCAUGAAUGAGGAAGUUGUUGUAACUUCAGUGUACAUGCUCACAUCUGCAAAAAACUUUACGUGCUUGAUAACUGUCGCGCCCUGAACAUAUCGACUUGCCAAUAUUCAGUUAUAGUCACAGCGCCAAGUGCUAUGUAACGCCACAAAGGGGACACAGGAAGUGAUAAUUAACAACUUUCUGCAGCAUCCGAAGGGCGUGGCAAAUUCACAGCCGCACCGGCAGAACUCCAGAAUCUGCGAAUCUACGUGGCCGCCUCACACCUCAACGCGCUUCUCGUGCAGCUUUAGUUAUGUUUUUCUUCUAAUUAAUUAUUCAGAUGCUUCUGUCAGCUGGUCUGUCUGUGAUGUCAUCAGUGUUAGCCCUAGUGCUAACCUCGUAUCAGAUAAACAGCCAUGAUGAUGUUGUGGUGUUAUCAGGUGAAAACCAGAUGGUGUGAUUAGGGUAUACAUAACACGCACAUCCCAAUCCCACAAUGCAAUGCUCCCCAUUUUAUAGAUAAAUGAAAUGCGAUGAUCAAUAACUGGCUGAAAUCUGACUUUACUGCUCACUGAGUGAAUUAAUGAGUGAGUGAAUUAGUCCACUUGGUGUGAAUGAACCCGACAGGCUGCGACGGUGAGUCCGAUCAAACAGUCUCUGCAGACAAGGACAGGCGAGGUCUUUUUGUUGAUCCAAAACAAACAUCAAACCGAGGAAAUCCCAAAUCUGAUCCUGGAUCUGUUCCUGUGUCUGACAGUAGAGGCUGUGAAGCUGCUGUCUGAUCACACGUUGAUUAUAGAUCAGAGAUUCUCCAGUUAAACCAGUAAACAGGACAGGACUUCAGCUUUAUUUGUGUCAUACUCAAAAUGAUAAAGUGCUUUGAUUUAAUACAUUAAAAUGAAAAUGUUCGGGAAACCAUUUUAAAAUGUGAAAGAUCAAAACAGUUUUAUCUUUGUACUGAAGCUGUAACUGCUGCAGUAACCAUGCUAACGGUGUGUCUCCUCAGUGGUGGACCGGCAGGGCUGCGACCCCGCCACUCGUUUCCUGGUUCCUCCGCGGAGUGGCCACUGGGUGGCGCUGCUGCAGAGAGGAAACUGCACCUUCAAAGAGAAGAUCCUGAAGGCGGCCGCCUACAACGCCACGGCCGUCCUCAUCUACAACAACUCCACCGACAAGACGGUCAAGAUGGGACACGAAGGUACCGGUGACACAGUGGCGGUGAUGAUCACGGAGGCUUAUGGGAAGGAGAUCCUGGCUCACUUGGAGAGGAACCUGACAGUCCUGGUCUCUGUGGUGGUGGGUCAACGUGGUUCCACCAAAAACAUCAACCGAGGCUCUCUGGUCUUCGUCUCCAUCUCUUUCAUCGUCCUCAUGAUCAUCUCGUCGGCCUGGCUCAUCUUCUACUUCAUCCAGAAGAUCCGCUACACCAGCGCCCGUGAUCGCAGCCAGCGUCGUCUUGGUGAUGCAGCGAAGAAAGCAAUCGGCAAGUUGACCACGAGGACGGUGAAGAAAGGAGACAAGGAAACUGACCCAGAUUUUAACCACUGUGCAGUGUGCAUUGAGGCCUACCAGCUGAACGAUGUGGUUCGCAUUCUACCCUGCAAACAUGUCUUCCAUAAAGUGUGUGUGGACCCCUGGCUCAAUGAACACUGCACAUGUCCCAUGUGUAAACUCAACAUCCUCAAAGCUCUUGGCAUCAUGACCAGUCUUCCCUGUGUGGACAGCGUGGUGCUGGAUGUGGAGCGUCUGGGCAUCAGUCAGGCGUCCAGUAGCCAAAGGGCGCCACUAGGUGAUGGGAACCAGCCGCCCAUCAGCCUGGAGCCACUCAGCUCCCCCCACUCGGAGGCCACGCCCAGAACUCCUGCUGACAUCACCAUCGCCGUGACCAGUAAGAGCAUAAUCAUUAAGCAAUGUUACGCAGGCAUAAAGCACGUCACACUGUCGUGGAGCAACGUAACGUCACACUGUCGUGGAGCAACGUAACGUCACACUGUCGAGAGCAGCGUCACACUGUCGAGAGCAGCGUCACACUGUCGCAGAGCAGCGUCACACUGUCGCAGAGCAGCGUCACACUGUCGCAGAGCAGCGUCACACUGUCGCAGAGCAGCGUCACACUGUCGCAGAGCAGCGUCACACUGUCAAGCUGUCAUAGAGCAACGUUACACUGUGGUAGAGCAUACGACACUGUCGUAGAGCAGCGUUACACUGGUAGAGCAUACGACACUGUCGUAGAGCAGCGUUACACUGGUAGAGCAACGUUACACUGUCGUAGAGCAACGUUACACUGUCGUAGAGCAGCGUUACACUGUGGUAGAGCAGCGUUACACUGUGGUAGAGCAGCGUUACACUGUGGUAGAGCAGCGUUACACUGUGGUAGAGCAACGUUACACUGUGGUAGAGCAUACGACACUGUCAUAGAGCAGCGUUACACUGUCAAGCUGUGGUAGAGCAGCGUUGCACUGUGGUAGAGCGGCGUUGCACUGUGGUAGAGCGGCGUUACACUGUGGUAGAGCAGCGUUACACUGUCGUAGAGCAGCGU